AUGGCCCGUCAAUCACGCCAACCGAAAUCAGCCAAACUAGCUGAAGUCAAAGAUUCAAGCCAGCUUACAAGUACCAGUGCAGUAACCAGAAAUAUUACCCCAGAGGAAAAGCAAGAACCCAAAAUUGAGGAAAGGUCAUGUUCUACUGAUGGAAGCACUAAAUCAAAAGAAAAUUCUGAGCGAAAGAUCCGUGGAGCUUACACAAAGAACUCGCGGACUACUCUAUGGCGCAAACGUAAAGCUGCCGAACUAGCCGAAGCUUCCACAAAGAAGAAACACCAGCAGACUGUACCUGACACCGGCCCUGAAAUCACAAUAGAAGAGCAUGUUGUUUCUCCAAAAGCUGAAAAGGAGGAAGUCGAUAGUCUCGAUGAAGAGGGUAUUAAGAGUACUGAGGUUGAAGCAAUUACGGCCGUGUACCAAGAACUCGUGGAAAAGGCUAUGCCCAGAAAUGGUGAGAGUGGAACUGAAUUGUUUGCCAACACGUAUGAACACUUUCGGCACGCCGCUCUUCGCCAGUACUUCUAUCAUCUGUUACGUGGUAGGAAGAAGGUCAGGGCCUCUGAGAAUGCAACCUUUGAAAUCUGGGGGAGGAUGACGACCUACCGUCCAAAGGCGAUUCGCAAGUGGGCGAUCGAAUACCUGGAGACAGGCACCCUUGUUCCCCGAAAGCAGGGACAGCAUGUAAAGUCUACAUCACUUUCUGCCGCUGAAUCAGAGGCUGAUACUAUCUGA